AUGAAGAUGCUUACCAAGUUCGAGUCGAAGUCGUCGCGCGCUAAGGGCGUGGCGUUCCAUCCUAAACGUCCAUGGGUUCUUGUUUCUCUCCAUUCGUCGACAAUUCAACUUUGGGAUUACCGUAUGGGGACAUUGAUUGAUCGUUUUGAAGAUCAUGAAGGUCCAGUGAGAUGUGUUGAUUUCCAUCCUACUCAACCACUUUUUGUUUCUGGUGGUGACGAUUAUUCCAUUAAAGUUUGGUCUUUAGCCACUCGUAAAUGUCUUUUCACUUUGAAUGGUCAUUUGGAUUAUAUUCGUACUGUAUUCUUCCAUCAUGAUCUUCCUUGGAUUAUUUCAGCCAGUGAUGAUCAAACCAUUAGAAUUUGGAAUUGGCAAAAUCGUCAAGAAAUCGCCUGUUUAACUGGUCAUAAUCAUUAUGUUAUGUGUGCUCAAUUCCAUUCCCUGGAAGAUUUGAUCGUUUCUUGUAGUUUGGAUCAAACUGUUAGAGUUUGGGACAUCUCUGGUUUACGUAAGAAACAUAGUGCACCAUCCCAAGCUGGAAUGGGUGGUCCAGGUGGUAUUGGUGGAGGUCCUGGUGGACGUUCAUUUGAAGAUCAAUUACAACGUCAACAAUUACCUCAACAAGAUAUCUUUGGCAAUACUGAUGCUAUUGUUAAAUACGUUCUUGAAGGUCACGAUAAAGGUGUCAACUGGGCGUCAUUCCAUCCAACCCUCCCACUUAUUGUCAGUGCUGGUGAUGAUCGUUUAGUUAAACUCUGGAGAAUGAGUGAAACCAAAGCUUGGGAAGUUGAUACUUGUAGAGGUCACACUGGUAAUGUUUUGGGUGCAUUAUUCCAUCCAAAUCAAGAUCUUAUCAUGUCUGUCAGUGAUGAUAAAACUAUCAGAGUUUGGGAUUUGAACAAGAGAACUCCAGUUAAACAAUUCCGUCGUGAACAUGAUAGAUUCUGGCUUAUUGCUAACCAUCCUCUGAUUAACUUGUUUGCAACUUGUCAUGAUUCAGGUGUCAUGGUUUUCAAAUUGGAAAGAGAACGUCCUGCUCAUACUAUUUUCCAAAAUAAGCAAUUGUUUUUCGUUAACAAUGAAAAGCAAGUUCAAUUUUAUGAUUUUACAAGAGAUGAAGUUUCAUUGCCAAUGCUUUCAUUGAAAAAAAUUGGUAAGGCAUGGUCAUUUAUGCGUACUUUAUCCUACAAUCAGCUGGAUAACUCUAUCUUGGUCACUCAUGGUGAAGGGGAUGCUGCUCAGUAUGCUUUGAUAACCCUUCCAAAGCAUGUCACUGGAGCCAUUGAACCAAGUGAUAUAAGACAAGGUGAAGGUAACUUUGCUUGUUUUAUUGCAAGAAAUAGAUUUGUCUCGUUCAUUAAGUCUUCUAAAACUUUAUAUGUUAAAGAUUUAAGCAACAAUACCACCAAGACAAUUCAAUUAGACCUGUCAGUAAUUGAUGUCCUUGCUGGUAUUGGUGGUAGAGUUCUUUUAAUUAAGCAACACUCCGUUGUUUCAUAUGACGUUCAACAAAGAAAGGAAGUUGCUGAACUUUCAGUAAACAAUGUAAAGUACGCUAACUGGUCAAAUGAUGGUAAUCAUGUUGCUCUUUUGGCUAAGCAUACUAUUACCAUUGCUACCAAGGAUUUAGAAUUAGUUACUCUGAUGCAUGAAACCAUUAGAAUUAAGUCUGCUGCUUGGGAUGACUCUGGUGUAUUGCUUUACCUGACUUUGAAUCAUAUUAAGUACACCUUACUCAAUGGUGAUACCGGAAUUAUUAAGACUUUGGAAAAUACUGUUUACAUUACCAAGGUUUCUCAAAACAAACUUUAUUGUUUGGAUAGAUCUGGAACUGUUGAAGUAAUUGUUAUUGAUCCAACUGAAUACAGAUUCAAAAAAUCUCUUAUCAAUAAGAAUUUCGGCGAAGUACUUCGUAUUAUCAAGAAUUCUAACUUGGUUGGUCAAAAUAUUAUUCUGUAUCUUCAAAAGAAGGGAUACCCAGAAGUUGCAUUGCAAUUCGUUGACGAUCCAGAAACUAGAUUUGAACUUGCCUUGGAAUGUGGUAAUUUAGAAGUUGCUCUUGAACAAGCCAAGAAAUUAAAUAACAACUCUAUUUGGGAAAAACUUGGUGAAGAAGCCUUGAAUCAAGGUAAUGUUGAUGUUGCCGAAUUUGUUUAUCAACAAUUACAUCUUUUCGAUAAGUUAUCAUUCCUUUAUCUCUACAAGGGUGAUAGUGAAAGAUUAGGUAAGAUGGCUACCAUUUCUGAACAUAGAGGUAACUUGUCCUCUCUUGUUCAAAAUACCUUGUACAACAAUGAUAUUAAGAAAAGAUGUCAAGUUUACAUUCAAGGUGGUAUGUUACCAUUAGCUUAUACUUUAGCCAAAUCUAACGGAUUGGAUGAAUUAGCAUCUCAUAUUUUAGAAGAAGCUGGUGUCGAAGCCAAGGAUGUUGAAUUACCUGAAUUAGGAGACGUUGUUCCAUUACCUCAACCAAUCUCAACUCCAAUCCUGAACUGGCCAUUGAAGGAAUCAUCAAUGUCUUACUUCGAAAAGGCUAUGUCUGGUCAAGAAGUUCCUGAAAUAGAAGAAUCUACUUCCACUUUCACUAACGAAGUCGAAGAUGAAGAUGAAGCCUUUGAAGAUGCUUUGAUUGACGAAGAAUUAGAAGAUGGAGAUGAUGCAGGUGGAUGGGAUUUGGAUGAUGAUGAUUUGGUCAUUGAUGAUGAUGAUGAUUUAUUGGCUGGUGAUGAAAUUAUAACUGCUGCUGAAGUAUCUACCAGUAAUACUGGCGCAGAUGGUGAAGUCGCUCAUUGGCUUCGUAAUGCUAAAACCCCAGCUGAAUAUAUAGCAGCAGGUGUUUUCGAUCAAGCCGCUUCACUUCUUCACAAACAAUUGGGUGUAGUUGAAUUUGAACCUCUUCGUGCCAGAUUCUUAGAAGUUUACCAAGCUUCUAAACUCUAUCUUCCUGGUGUCGAUGAACUUCCAGCCAUGAAAACCUAUGUUCGUGCUGAUAAUGAUGAAGAUAAUCCUAAGAAAUUCAAACCAGUAGUACCUGGCUUUGAUACUUUAGAAGAUCGUCUUUCUGUUGGUUUCAAGUUCUUCAAGGAAAAUAACUUGGAAAAGGCCAUUGAAGUAUUUAGACUGGUUAUUUAUACCGUUGCUGUACUUACAGUUGUCGAUGAAGAUGAAGAAGCUAAAUGUUCCGAGGUCUUGACUCUCUGUCGUGAAUACAUUCUCGGUCUUUCCAUUGAAUUGGAACGUAGAGAAGUCGCUACUUCUGACAUCAAGAGAAACUUGGAACUUGCUGCAUACUUUACUCGUGCGAAGUUGCAACCAGCUCAUCGUAUCAAUGCUUUACAAGUCGCUAUGACUCAAUCAUUCAAGAACAAGAACUAUUCUAGUGCUUCAUACUUUGCUGGUGAACUCUUGACUCUUGUUUCUACAGGUCAAAGAGCUGAACAAGCCACCAAAUUAAAGGCUCGUGCUGAUUCCGUAGCAAGUGAUGCUAUUGAGAUUGAUUUCGAUCCAUAUGCAGAAUUCGAUAUUUGUGCUGCCACCUACACUCCAAUUUACCGUGGAGCUGCUUCAGCUACUGAAGCACUUGUGGGUGCCAAGUACCAAACAUCCGAACUGGGUAAGGUUUGUAAGAUCACUGGUAUCACAAAGAUUGGAGCACCAGCAUCUGGUUUGAGAAUUAGAGGUUAA